AUGGCGGAUGAGGAUAUGCUACGAUAUGAGCCAGGACUACAUCACUGCCGCCUGCCGAAAAAUGCUGUUGAACGCUCCCGAAUGAUGUGCAACAGUGCCAUUGCCACUGCCACUUCCACUGCGCUACUCGCUACUACUGUUGCUGCCGUUGCGUCGCUUGCUGCUACUGUCACUGCCACUGCCAACAACAUCCAAACCCAAGCGUGUAUGCGUGACGACCGCGCCUCGUGCAGCACCAACAUCACCGACCGCCGUCCGAGCGAUAUCAUGGCCAAUGGCGAUUGCUAUCGCCGAUUGUCGAAUUCAUCGUCCGCAGUUUACGGUAGUUGUCCACAGUUAACACAGUAUUUAGAUUCAUCGCAACAACAACAACAACAUUGCCCACACUUGAACCCAACCGAACAAGAGGCGCAACAAGCGCAACAUCAUUACCAGUCAAUACAUCAGCAGCCACGUCAAUACUCGAGUUUAGUGCGUCCACGCCAGUCGCGUAGCCCAGUGCUUUCCGCGAGAACUGCCAAGGGCAAAGCCGCAAAGGAAGCAAAGGUAGCAACAACGACAGCAGUUGUAAAACCGGCACCCGCGCCCACAUCCUCUUCUCUAGCGUUUGUGUCCUUCAAACCGGCAGCUGCAUCGAAAACCUACAGAGCUCAGCAGUUGCAACAGGAAUUGCCAUCGUCUGUGGCUACGCCGGCUGUAACCGCAUCGCGCUACUUGUGUCGUCGCUGUAGAUUCAAUAAUCAACCCGUCACUUGCCAAGCAGUCAACACAACUUCAGCCACAAAGCAAGCCCGCGCCACAACUAUUACGCGAAGCAGCCAGCAGCUACGAAUACCAACAGCAACAGCAACGCCCUUUGCCACUGCCACCGCUGAGCGCCACUCAAAGCCAGGACUCGCCAACGCCCAGUGGUAA